UGAAUUUCAUGCAGAAACCCAUAUUCUUUUCCAGGAAGAGAACUUAUGGACUUCCUUGAGAAAUCAAUGGCUCCCAGACAAUUUUUCUCAUCAAUCUUCUUCAACGAUUGACCUUCCAUGUCUCUCUCCCUCGCUCUGAUGAACCAUUCUUCUUAUAGAAACCCCUCUUUGUCGCACGCCAUCUAAAUUAACUUCGUAGUGAUCGUUAAUCAUGGCCGCGCCUGACAAGCCAUCACACCCUCUUCACGGCCUCGCCCUCCUAGUCCUCCUCUGCCUCGUGGAAUUCACCGUCGGCGGAGGCGGCUUCACUGCUGACCUGAUACACCGCGAUUUGCCGCCCUCGCCCUUCCACGACCCCUUUGCGACGUGGUCCGACCGCAUGCACAGCGCGGCUCGGCGCUCGGUCUCGCGGGCCUGUCGACUCUCGGCCGGACAUUGUCCGAUGAUCCGAUCCGAGCUGGCCUACAGCGGUGGUGAAUACUACAUGAAGGUGUCGGUUGGGUCGCCUCCCAUGGAGACGCUCGCGAUCGCUGACACUGGGAGCGACCUCUCGUGGACACAGUGCGAGCCUUGCGUGAAAUGCUACCGCCAGAAGCUGCCGAUCUUCAACCCACGGAACUCCUCCACGUACAAAACUGUCCAGUGCCCCACGAGGUUGUGCAAGUCCCUUGACGGGGCAAGGUGCGGCGGCGGUGGCAACACUGGACGUGCGUGCAAGUACAAUUACACGUACGGUGACGGGUCCUUCACCAGUGGUGACGUGGCCAUGGAGACCUUUGGGAUUGGAACACUCCCCGGCGGCACGAUCACCGUCCCAAGGAUUGCGUUCGGGUGUGGCCACAACAAUGGUGGGAUCUUCCCCAAUGCUGGCUCAGGCAUUAUCGGUCUCGGCGGUGGCCCCUUCUCGAUGAUCUCCCAAAUGGAGCGCUUCAUCAGUGGCCAAUUCGGCUACUGCCUCAUCCCGGAGUUCAGAAACGGCACGAGCAAAAUCAGCUUCGGCAAGGAAGCCGCGGUCUCUGGUCCGGGUGCCGUCUCGACGCCUCUUGUCUCAAAAACCCCCAACACCUACUAUUAUGUAAACCUAGAAGGCUUGAGCGUCGGAAAAGAGAGGCUCUCAUGCGGCAACAACUCCGCCGACUCAGAAGCCGAGGAGUCCAUCAAAGCCGUGAACAUGAUGGUCGACUCCGGGACGACCCUAACGUUUGUGCCGUCUCAAUUCUUCCACAACCUGAAGCGUGCGGUAGCCGAUGCCAUCCACUUGCCGAGAGUCCCCGACCCCCAUGGCAUGCUCGACCUGUGCUAUUGGAGCCCGGGCGGCGAGAUCGAUGUGCCAGUAGUCACGCUGCACUUUGCCGGCAAUGCCGAUAUGGCACUGAAGGAGGCGAACACGUUUGCCCAAUUCGCAGAGGAUCUGGUGUGCUUCACGAUAAUGCCUACGGACAGCGUGCCGAUACUCGGGAGCCUGGCGCAGAUGGAGUUCAAGGUCGGUUUCGACGUGCGGAAGAGGACGGUGUCGUUCCUGGCAACGGAUUGCACGGCGCAGUGACAUGGUCUGAGGAGGAGUUGCAUUUGGAAAAAAAUAAUUGCUUGUUUUUAUAUUUCUUUGUUUAUGGUCGACCUUUUCAGUCGA